AUGGAGGUGGCGGCGGCCGCGCUGCCCCCGGGGAGGGCUCUUCCGCCACCGCCCGGCGCCCGCGGUCGGACCGGCCCCGGGCACGGUGACGGCCGGGGCGGGCUCGGGCCACGCCGCCAAACUCCGCGAGCGCCCGGCGCCGCCGUCCCGCCGCCGCCCCGGGAGCGCCGCGCUCCGCGGCCGCCCCGCCCCGCCCCGGGACCCCCCGCACCGCCCCGGCAGCGGCAGGUGCCGCCGGUGCCGGAGCCGGAGCCGCCGCGCCGGGCAGGGCAGCGGCACCGCCGCGCCGUCGCGGGGCGGGGAGCGGAGCCGCCGCCGCCGCCGCCCCUUCGCUGCCCCCCGCCCGGCGCUGUCAGUGCCCACCGCCCCGCCGCGCCCCCGCCGCUGUCCCGCCGCAGGACGCUGCCGACCCCCCCCAACCCCGCACACCCCCCCCCGCGCCGCCCCGCCACCGCCCCCGGGGGUGUCCCGGGACCGUUUCCAUGGAGACCUCGGCCGGACGGCCGGGAGGGGGGGUCGGGCCGCCCGCUCCCCCCCCCCCCCCGCCUGCCCUCGCCGACCGUGGGUGCGGGGCGGCGCGGGCCCGGGGUGCCCGGGCAGCGGGGGCCGGGGUCCGGCGCGGGGCGGCGCGGGGCAGCGGGCACGCACCUGCUUCCCGAGGCGGGCGGGCGGCGGAGGGCGGCGGGCCGGGGCGGGCCCCUGCCCCAGGCGGCGGGUCGGACCCCGGGCGCUGCGAGCGGCGGUUCGGCGGCGACGGCGGCGGCGGAGACACUGGCAGCGGCAGCCGGAGUCCCCGUGCCCGCCGCCCCGGUGCCCCCCGCCCUGUGCCCGCCGCCGGGCGCGGCCGUGGGGGGGGUGGGUGUCCCCGAGCCGGUGGAGCGGGCGCGGACCCGCCUGUCCAGCCCAGGUGGGCGCAGGGCCCCUGCCCCGGCGACGAUGCCGCUGGGUGACCUCCCGGGCCCGGUCCCCCCCCUGCCCGAUGCCCCGCCGGGUGCGCAGCGCUGCGGGGCGGGGGCGGCCCCGGGCGGGGGUCGAGGCACCUCCCCCACGCCAUGCGGGGCACCGAGCGGCACGGCACGACGCGGUGCAGCGGCCGCAAGUUUGUCACCAGCCCCUGCCCGCGGCACCGGGGCCCGCAGGCCCGGAGGCCGCCGCACCCCCGCGGUGCCCGGCCGGGCCCGCCCCGCACCGUCCCGCACCGCCCCGGUGCUGACAGCCUCGCCCGACCCGGGGCCGCGCCGCCCCCGGCCCCCGCACGGGCCUCGGAGACCGGCGGCCCCGCAGCGCCCUGGCGCGGCCCCGCCGUGCGGGCACCGGCUGCCCGGCCCGGCCCUGCCCGGCCACGCCGCCCCGGGCCGUGCCGGGCCCCGCGCAGCACCGCCCCGUGCCCGCUCCUCUCCCCCGGCCCCUCGCCCCGGCCCCGCCGCCCCCCUCCGCCUGGCCCCCGCGUACCGGCAGCUGGGGGGGCCGCGGGGGUCCCCGUUCCUGCGCGACCCGGAGGGGAGGGCGGGAUCCGGCCCCCCCGGCCCACAGCGCGGGGGCUCCGCGGGGCCGGGCAGUACCGGCUGGUCCUGGGGCAGGGGGCGCGGUGCCGCCUCCCCCGAGCGGUGA